AUGGCAGCUUCUUCCAAACCGACAAAUGAAAGUUCACAUCCAUACGACGCACUCCCGAAUCACCAGGACUUCGACUCGAUGAUAUCUGAUGCGAAGUUUACUGCUGAUACUAGCACCGAUAUCUACGACCCAGGUUUAACGAGUCGCAGAAGUGCCCUUGUCGGAGUGGCAUGCUCAAGCAUAUUCAGUUGCUCAUGCAUCAUUGCAGGCAUUGUCACUUUAGCCAAUCACGGGGUACUCGGAGUGACCGCAAUCAACUUGUCCGUGCAUAAUUAUGACUAUAGUAGUCUGUUGCCCCUGCAAGGGGAGAUAUUGGCCCUGGCACUUAACUUCAUCGGCACGUUAUGCACCGAGUCCAUAGGCUUCGUACACGGCAUCUCGUUGCACUCUGCGCUAGCCUCAGAGUCUCGACUUUCUUUCAACACCAAUCUGCGCCUUCUGACUGCAGCUCGUGGAUGGUAUAACCCUAACGGCACUUUGUUUAAUGGUAUCUCGGCUGUCCUCCUCAUCAUGUCCUACAGCUCGGCUUCACUCAUCGUAGUUGUCGAUACUGUGAUUUCACAAACGUCACAAACGUCAUCAGCACCUAAGAUCGUCAUUGCCAUAGCAGGGACACCUCUUCUUGCUCUGGGCGUCGCACUCCUCCUCCAGGUGAUUAUCGCAUUGUCAGGGAUGCGGGCUGUCAAAAUAUUAACGUGGAGCUCCUCACCUUUCGACUUGACCGCCGCACUGGUCCACCACACGCAAUUGACCCCUGCUACUUUGCGGUGCAUGCGUUGUGUGUCUGACAUAGACACAGAUGAAGGUCCAGCAAAGCCACUCAAAAUACAACCCUCUGCGUGGCAUGCUCACCCUAGCAUCCGGAAAGUCGUCAUUUUUCUUUGGGUGAUCGUUGCAGCAUGCGCUGAAUGGGCCGCACUUGUCAUGUAUAUCUGGCACAAGUAUGCCCCCCAGGGUAUAAUGUCCCCCGAUGCGCUGACCCCACAAACGUGGUCGUUCAUCCCCAAUUUGCUGAACGGGAAUUUCAAUUACAUCGGGUAUUCUAUACCGGGUGUCAAUUUUCAGGUGUGGAUUCUGGUCAUUGUCAAUAUGGCAGUUGUCCAGGGACUAUUGACACUGGGGCUGCAUUGCUCGGAGCUCAUAGCAAAUGUCAUUCGAGACGAAAAACAGUGGAGAUGCGCUACCAGGAGGAAAGGACUUAGCACGGCGACAAACCCGGUGAAGACAAUUUUCACUCAUCCGAUCUGUCUCGUACUUUUCGUCGCAAAGCCUUUCCUGCACUGGAUGUUUGGGUAUUCAUUCAUGAUAAUUGACUCUGCCUUUGACGGGAAACUAGAAGGCGUGCGGGUAGGCAUGCUGACUGCCCAGAUCUGGAACUUAUGCAUAGCGCUGUUUAUAUUCGCCUGUUUCUUCACAUUCGUCGCACUGCACCAACCGCGUGGCCCCCAGCCGGCUGCAUACGGCCACCUCCAGACGCUCGCCAACCUCGUGGACGAGUGGUCGCCUGUGAUGUGGUGGGGACAUAAGGAGGACGGAAUUCCGUACUGUCAUGCUGGGACGGGCGAUCACCCGCUGCCGGAUGUAAACAUGGAUCGUGUUUAUGCUGGUUCUGGUGCCGGGUCUCUGGUAUACGUACCCCUCUCGUGA